CAGGAUCCGGGCGCCAGGAGAAGAAGGCAAAGAGGCUCCGGGCGGCUAUUUUGCGACAAAGGCGAGACCCCAGAUCUGCUUGGAGGCUGGUAGGUGAAGGAAACAGACAGGUGGACCCCACACCUCUCAACAAUAUGGACUAUAAGUCAAGCUUGAUCCAGGACGGGAAUCCCAUGGAGAACCUGGAGAAGCAGCUCAUCUGUCCUAUCUGCCUGGAGAUGUUUUCCAAGCCGGUGGUCAUCUUGCCCUGUCAGCACAACCUCUGCCGGAAGUGUGCCAACGACAUCUUCCAGGCUGCAAAUCCCUUCUGGACCAACCGCGUUGGCUCAGUGUCCAUGUCUGGAGGCCGUUUCCGCUGUCCCUCCUGCCGCCAUGAGGUGAUCAUGGAUCGUCACGGAGUGUACGGCCUGCAGAGGAACCUGCUGGUGGAGAACAUAAUUGACAUCUACAAGCAGGAGUGCUCCAGUCGGCCCCUACAGAAGGAUAGCCACCCCAUGUGCAAGGAGCAUGAAGAUGAGAAAAUCAACAUCUACUGCCUCACGUGUGAGGUGCCCACGUGUUCCAUGUGCAAGGUGUUUGGAACCCACAAGGCCUGCGAGGUGGCCCCACUGCAGAGCGUCUUCCAGGGACAAAAGACCGAGCUGAGUAACUGUAUCUCCAUGCUGGUGGCGGGGAACGACCGUGUGCAGACCAUCAUCACUCAGCUGGAGGACUCCUGUCGGGUGACCAAGGAAAACAGCCACCAGGUGAAGGAAGAGCUGAGCCAGAAGUUCGAUGUGCUGUAUGCCAUCCUGGACGAGAAGAAGAGUGAGUUGCUGCAGCGGAUCACACGGGAGCAGGAGGAGAAGCUCAGCUUCGUUGAGGCCCUCAUCCAGCAGUAUCAGGAGCAACUGGACAAGUCCACGAAGCUGGUGGAGACAGCCAUCCAGUCGCUGGACGAGCCCGGGGGUGCCGUCUUCCUCAUGAGUGCCAAGCAACUCAUCAAAAGCAUUGUGGAAGCUUCCAAGGGUUGCCAGCUGGGGAAGACCGAGCAGGGCUUUGAAAACAUGGACUACUUUACUUUGGACUUAGAGCACAUAGCAGACGCCCUGAGGGCCAUUGACUUUGGGACAGGUAAAGGAGAUGAGGAAGAGGAAGAGUGCACUGAGGAAGAAAAUCAGGAAGAGGAAGAGGCCACAGAGGGGAAAGAAGGAGGAUGCCAGUAAGGAGCCAAAUGAGAAAGACCCUCUAGAUACGGAGAGACUGGGGAGGGUGGGGAUGGGCCCAGGUGCCUGGUGACAGGCCCAGGGAGGGAGGGGUCGGGGCCUGGCCGGGGCAAUGGGAAGGUGUGUUUUCUCUCUGCUCAGGGAGUGGGGACUAGGAGUAGGACCUCCACCGCUGUGUCCAGCAGUCACUGAACCAGAAUUGGAAACGUGCUUGAAACAACCUCACAGGACACUUUUCUAUGUUGGUGCAAAAUGGAAUAUUUUGUACAUUUUUUAAAAUGUGAUUUUUGUAUAUACUUGUAUAUGUAUGCUAAUUUGGUGCUUUUUGUAAAGGAACUUUUGUAUGAUAAUGCCUGGUCAUUGUGUGACUGGUGAUUGUUAGAAAGAGGGGAAGAAAGCCAGGUUGGCAAAGCUGUCCAGGCCCUUUCCUAGUGGGAGGGCUGAGCAGCACUCCCAGGCCAAGGUACAGGCCUCGGUAAGGGAGAAGGCACUGUAUUUCAAUGCCUACCCCUGGCAUAGGGGAUGGCAACUGAGUUUCUGUUAUAUGUUGUUUUAAUAAAUGCACAAUGCUCUCUUCCUGUCAUUACCAAAAGA